AACCAAUGAACCAAAAGUAGCCAGCAGCGAGACCCAGAUGCUGUCUAGCUGCUGCUGCGGCCGCCAUGGCAUGGGUCCAACCAAGCUCCAAGUUAAAGCCAUUUCCGUCGGCAUCGCGCCACCUAAAAAUGGGUGAAAUGGCCAACUACGCACACGUUGAACGCUGUCUUGAAUUGCUCCUCUACCGACCAACUGGACCUUUUCUUCCUUGUUAUAACCUUCCUCGCCUUUUCCUUCACAGCUCAAUUUGGGGUUUCUUAAUAAUUUCCCCAUCUGGCUUUUGGAUCAAAUUCUUCCGAGACCCGGACUGCAUGGCUUCUCCUUCUUCAUACACUUCGUUAGCGAAGCCUCCGACUCUCUUUACUCUCCACUCCUCAUGUCUCCGGCCUCCGCCUGCCCUUGCUUCUCAGGUGGCAGGGCGCCGCCGUCUGACCUUCUCCCGUCGGCAGCAGCACUCUGGCCUCGCCGUGGCUUCUCUUACCAACUCUGCCCCGGCGAGAAAUGGGACGUAUAAAGUAGGAGAUUUCAUGACGAGGAAGGAGGAUCUGCUUGUUGUGAAGCCUUCUACAGGUGUUGAUCAAGCAUUGGAGGUUAUCGUGGAGAAGAGGAUUACAGGGUUCCCUGUGAUUGACGAUCACUGGAAUUUGGUUGGUGUAGUUUCAGAUUAUGACUUGUUAGCACUCGACUCUAUAUCAGGUUGCAAUCAAAGUGACAACAACUUAUUUCCUGACGUCGACAGUACUUGGAAAGCAUUUAAUGAGAUUCAGAAACUACUAGGGAAGACAAACGGUAAAGUUGUUGGAGAUCUCAUGACACCUAAUCCCCUGACCGUCCGUGAAAACACCAAUCUGGAGGACGCGGUCAGGCUGCUACUAGAAACCAAGUACCGACGGCUGCCAGUGGUUGAUGGUGACGGAAAGCUGGUUGGGCUCCUUACGCGGGGAACUGUGGUCAGAGCCGCUCUGCAGAUGAAACGCGAAAGUCCAAGGUCGACUUGGAAUCUAUGACGACAAGCAACAAUCAUGGAGAAUGUUGUGAGAAUUCAAGCUGUAGUUAUAAUGAAUAGGGGUGAAAGAAAUGGGAUAUGAGUAGCAUAGGAUUUGCCUUGGUAGACAGUUCAAGCAUAUGCCAUGGUUUUGUAUUAUAGAGAGUAUAUAUUAUUCUUCAUAUGAGAAUCUGGAAGUGUAACAGGUUAUGUAUGAAUCCAUGCUUGUAACCUUAUCGUCUGUCACGAUUUUCAGACUCAAGUUGUAUGAAAUUUGCCCCAUUAAGCUUCAUUUAGUUCUCUAUCAUAUGG